AAAAUUGAAAACAACCACCGCAACAAUGCCCAUGAGCUGGAAUGAAACGGCUGACGCCAAGCUCCUAAUCGGCAUCCUCCACACCUCCUCCGUCAAGCUUGACUUCGCCGCACUCGCCCAGUACAUGGGUCCUGACUGCACCGUGAGCGCCGUCCAGCACCGCAUCCAGCGGCUCAAGGAUAAGGUCAGUGCCGGUGCCGGAACUGAUUCCGCCUCGGGCACCCCCGUCAAGAAGGCUGGUGCAAAGAACGCUGGUGCUGGAACUGAGUCUGCGGUCAGCACGACGAAGAAGCGCGGUCGGCCUCCCAAAAACCCUGCUCCUGGUCCUGAGGGCGCCUCCCCUGAGGCUGGUGGCGUCGGUACCGGUACUCCCCAGCAGACUCCGACUCAGUCUCGCAAGAGAGGUAGACCCAAGAAGGUGAAUUCCUCGGAGAAGGCAAGCGACGACAACUCUGCCUCUGCCUCCGCCUCUGCUUCUGCUUCUAGCAAUAAUGUCAAGUUCGAGAUGGACGUCGACGCUGAGAUGAACGUUGAUAACGAAGAUUCCUACGUUGAUAUCGGCGCAGACGAUCAGAAAGAUGAUGAUAUGAAGGUGAAAAUCGAGAUCUAAGCGCAGACUAGGCUUUUGAUGUAUCUCGCUUUUGCUGUGGUUUUUCUUUGCAGGGUGGUUUGAGAAUAAUGGGGCUCAGAAAUGGCGUGGGUGGCUAGAUAUAGGGAUAUCGAUAGUAUUGGCGGUUGCUGGAUGCAUCAUGG